AUGGCCGCUGGGGUUGAAACGGUUGCACAACCCCUGAGUAACUCGGCAGAUGGCCAGGCUGACCACAACCUGUCGCGUCUUGUGGGAUCCGAUCCCCCAGCAGCGGACGAAAUUCACGCGUCGAACAGUGUCAAAUCAGGAUCAGGCCUAGGAGUCCUUGAGAUCUUCCCUCUCGAGAUCCUUCACAUGAUCCUGUCAGGCUUGGAUAUCACAACUCUUACAAACUUCCGCGCAGCAAGUCAAGACGCCAAAAUAGUCGUGGAGAGCAUCUCGAAAUAUACAUCUAUAUAUAAACUGGCGCCAAGCGUAUUCAGAGCGGUCGUUUCCUUUGGAGCCGGUUCCUGGAUCACUUGCGAAGACCUCCGGGGUGCCCUGAGCAGCACAUCCUGUGCCGCGUGUGGCGGGCCUGGAAGCUUUAUAUACCUCUUCUCGUGCGAGCGAGUCUGCCCGGAAUGCAUCACGCGCGGACCAGAGUAUCCGACCGCUUUGGCCGGCUUCGCCAGGUUUCUCUGUGAUCUCGAUAACAAGACGCUCGGCGAGCUGCGAACUAUAACUAUACCGGAACGAGACGCGUGUCCCGAUAUGGUGCACCGUCCGCUGGAGCUGGUGAAUCGAAACGACGCUCUCAACGCUGGCAUUCGCCUUCACGGCCCAGAUUCACUGUUCUCAAAGAUUAGCGAUGGGGAGAGCGACGAGGAGGACACUGACAGCGACUACGGCGAUCGGAUCGAACUUGAGGAAGGGAGCUCUCUGGCAACUGAGUCUACCGCAUCUUCCGAAAAGGCAGACCUCAUCAGCGGCGUCACCUUCUAUGCAGGGGCCGUCCGUGCUCCGCAGGUGAACUUUGCCGCUGGCUAUGUGGAGUGGGGUGUUUGCUGCAGCUCCUGCCGCAACAGUGGCCGCAUCGGCCGCGAGAAGAUGAAGUGGGAUGAAGAUGGCGCCGCCAAAUAUGCGGACUACCUCCGGGAGUGUAAUGGUGCGAUGACUAUUCUUUCAUGCCUGGAUUACUGUCAGCAUGUUGCGCGCAGUGCGGCGGUUGGCUACGUACCCAUGGUGAAUGAAGAGUAA